UACCGCCCUUCUAUAAAUAUCCCUCUCAUGAAAAACUAAAAUCCCCAUUAAGCUAACAUUUUCUUCUCCAAAAAAGAAAAAAAAAACAACUUGAUCAAUUGUCUCUUCUAAAGAAAACUUGAAAUCUUUGAUUACAAAAUAAACAAUGAGAACUGGCUAUUUCUCUUCAUCGCGGCCUAGUUCACCUUUACAUUCUUCUACUACUUCUACUUCCAAUUCGCCUUCGCAUCAUACAAGUACUUUUUCUCAAUCUUUGAUGGAGGACACUAUUAACGAUGCUGGAGCAACCAUUAAAAAAUGGGAUCUUGAUACAUCCUCUUCUACUUCUUUCAAUAGAGUCGCUAAUCUAUUCAGAGAUUUUCGCGAAGAAGCACAAAAAUUUCUUGAUGCUGUGAACAACUUGCAACAUGCUAUGCAUUUCGUCAUCAAAGAAAGUUCUAGCUCCGAACUUCUAGUCCAUGCUCAGAAUCUCAUGCAAAUUGCUAUGACGAGACUUCAGAAAGAAAUGUACACUAUCUUAUCUGGAAAUCGUUAUUUCCUAGACUCUGAAACUCUGUCAACUCGAUCCUCCAGACGAUCAACACGAUCCAGUGUUUCUGAUGACGAGGAUCAUGAUGAUGAAAUUAAUGAGACAACCAACGACGAGGUUUCAACUCGAGCAUCUGAGAUUGAGAGGGUUUCUGAACUUGUUAUGGCGAACUUAAAAGCCAUAGCAGAUUGUAUGAUUGGGGCUGGUUAUGGAAAAGAGUGCGUUAAGAUUUACACCCUUAAUCGAAAAUCAGUGAUCGAUGAGACCUUGUAUUAUUUAGGUGUCCAAAAGUUAACCUCUUCACAAAUUCAGAAAAUGGAUUGGGAAAUGCUGGAGAAGAAAACAAAAACCUGGUUAAAUGCUGUGAAAAUAGCAGUGAGUACUCUGCUCCACGGAGAAAAAAUUCUCUGUGAUCAUGUGUUUUCGGCUUCGGACACAAUCAGAGAAACUUGUUUUUCAGAAAUUGCAAAAGAAGGCGCUGUCACUCUCUUUGCAUUUCCAGAAAUGGUAGCAAAGUAUAAGCAAUUAUCUUUGGAAAAAAUGUUCACUGUCCUCGAUCUAUACAACUCAAUCUCCGAGCUGUGGGAUGAAAUCGACUUCAUUUUCACUUCCAGUUCAUUGGCGAUGGUUAAAUCUCAGGCAGUAUCGUCCCUGUUGAAACUGGGCGACGCUUCCCGCCAUAUGCUUUUGGAAUUCGAAUCAGCAAUUCAGAAAGACUCAUCAAAAGCAACGGCAGGAGGUGGCGUCCAUCCUCUAACUCGCUACGUCAUGAAUUACCUUGUUUUUCUCUCCGAUUACAGCGAUGCGUUCGCUGAAAUCAUCGUUGAUUAUCCUCUUUCCGCACAAUUUCCGUUGCCAGAAUCAUACUUUGUAAGUCCAUCUCGGGCAGAUGAUGACUCACCAUCCUCCGCAAUUUCCCUCCGGCUUGCAUGGCUAAUUCUCAUCCUCCUCUGUAAACUUGACGGCAAAGCUCAGCAUUAUAAGGAAGUUUCGUUAUCGUAUUUGUUCUUAGCGAACAACUUAAACUACGUCGUAUUGAAGGUAAACAAAUCGAACCUGAAGCUUCUACUUGGUUCCGAUUGGUUAUCAAAGCAUAUAACAAAGAUCAAACAGUGCAUGUCAAAUUACGAGAGGAUGGGAUGGAACAAAGUGCUGACGUCAUUACAAGGAAAUUCAAUGGUGGAGAUGUCUUUGCCGGAAGCAAGAGAAUGGUUUAUCAAAUUCAAUUCGGGUUUUGAAGAAGCAUACCGAAUGCAAAGUUCAUGGGCUAUACCCGACCCGAAAUUACGAGAUGAAGUUAAGAUAUCAUUGGCUAAAAAGAUUAUUUCGGGUUAUCGGAUAUUUUACAAAAAGUAUAGGGAAUCAAUGAGAAGUGGUGGAGCUAAGUCAGUUGUCAGAUUUGCCCCUGAUGAUUUGCAAAAUUACUUGUCGCAUUUAUUUUAUGGUGCUGGAUUUUCGGAGCAUGGAACGACGUCGUAUAACUCAUCUUUGCCAUCAUCGUUAACUUCAACAUCAUCAUCUCCGUCACACGAUCGUUAGGAAUUAACGGAAGAUAUUGUCUAUAAGCAAUAGCAACAUAUUUGUUAUUAAUUAUAGUGAGCAUUGGACAUGGAGUUAACGAAUUCCAACAGAAAUUGGGAAAAGGUCACACCACUCCAGCUUCAAUAAUAAAAGGAGUUAAAUACGAAUGAAUGGAGUUAAAUUCAAAUGGUCCCUACUGUUUGAUUAUUCUUACAAGUAGAUCUUUAAGAGAGGGUACUAUGCUUUAUUCCUACUUUCUCCAUCCAAUUUUACUCAUCCCAAAUUUUUUAAUUUAUUGUCUCAUUUUACUUGUCCUUUUUUACUUAUCAAGACAAGAUGAUUUUUUUUUCAUUAUACCCUUAAUGUAAUUAAUUACUCCUUAUUAUUAACAUUCUUGAAAAAUGUUGCAAAGAUGAGUAUCAUUAAGAGUACACCAUUAAGAAUAUAAAUGGUUAUUUGGUAUU